AUGGAAGUGUUGGGUCGCAGUGGACGCGGCAUCAUGUCGCUUGCCGCAUCGACAUCGGUGCCCACCGGCUUCGCAUCUCUCGAAGACACCGGCGCUGUGACGUUGUGGGACACGCGGCUGAAACGUAAGGACUAUGCGUGCGUGGGCAGAGGAGCAAAACAAGGCAGUAGAGAUGCCACCGAGUUGCUGCUUGCAUCGGACCGACACAUGGCCGUAGUUCUGGCGGAGAAUCUCAUCUUGGCUUAUGAUCUUCGCCAACAGGCACUGCUGCAUGUCUUUAGGCAUGACGCUGAGACGGUGAUAUUUCUUAGCGGUGCCCAUCCGCGUGGGGCCCCCACAACCCUCAUUGCCGAUGAGUAUGGUGUGAUUAUUCCCUUUGAUUUGACUCAGUUUGCCCCAACAGCGUGUGUCUCAGAGCGUUACUUUGGGGCAGAGAAGGAGCUGUCAUCGCCGUGCUUUGGUUCCUUGUCGAAUUACUGUUGUGGUCUUGGGGUAUUGCAGGUAGAUGACGGGAACGCGGUGUGUUCCAUGGGAAUGGACGGCAAUGGUGAACUUUACACGGACCCACUUGAGCCGUCGGUGAAAUUUUGUUUGAUGGAUGACUUGGUGCCUACAGGGGGGCAAGUGGUGAAUCCACCUUUUCCCACAACUUGUCAUUUCCUGCGAGAGUACAUGGUUGUGGGCAGGGCAAACGGCAUGUAUUCCAUUGCCACCUUGGAUACGAAUGACAACGCCGUUGUUGAGCUCUUUGCUGCACCGGCUCACGCAUUCAACGGCCUGUCUGUGGUGCUAUGGACGAAUGAUGGUCAUCUGAUGACGUGCUCAAUUUGCGGUGAAGUUUCCAUGUGGGAUGUGAUGCCGCUCCUGCUGCAAGAUUUACCCACUGACGAGGCAGAAGAAGGAGAAUUACCGCCUCUCGAGAAGGCGUGUAGCGUGCGUGAGACCACGUGCCAGCAGUCUGUAGUGAAUUGCGGGGCGAUCCUUGGCUCAGGCGCAUUUCUUGCUGGCGAUACGAUGGGGUUUGUGACGUCAUGUGCAGCUUCACAGGCGUGA